UUGAUUACAUUUAUUAAUUAAAAGAUAUUUGAACUCUUUAUUUGUAAAACGAAGUGUGCAUUUUAGAUAACUAUUUUCUAUUUAUUUUUUACUGUUUUACCCGAACGUGCCUGAUAAGACUCUUAUGCCUCUUUUGGAUCGUUAAAAAUAAAUUGUAUUUUAUAUAUAGAAAAUAUUUGUCUAAUAUGCAUUCUUCAUUUCACAAAUAAAGAGUUCAAAUAUGUUAUUUUUUUAAUCAAUAAGAGUAGGCAACACUGAAACGGAGGAACCUCCAUGCUUUUGUUUUCACGUUACCAUGGCAACAACAGCGCGAGAUCCGCUCGGUGAAGCUUUGCAUAGGAGAAACCUGCAAACAACGUACGAUAAAACAUUAGUACCGUUCACAUUUUAUAACGGUGGAAACUUUCUUUUAACUCAGGACUUAUUAUCAAACACCGUCACACAAACAUGAGCGCAUUAAGCCUAGAUGUAAACGAGGAAAACAAGACUGAUGGAAGAAGUUUACUGGGUAACUGGGUCGAGGAGGUAAGAUAUCAUUCCUUCAUCAAGAUCCAAAAGCAGAGGGCUACUGCAUUACUGGACAGGUCAGGACCUGAUUCCAGUAUUAAUAAGAAUGGACAUAUGGGAAUCCUCACUAUGGAUGUGACUGCUAAAGUGCAGGGGGUUAGCACAUUCAGAUCUGCCUUCGAUACUCCACAAAGCUUUGGGGUGCGAAAGAAAGGAAGACGGACUGAGCUUUUGGAAAAGGACCUCAUCAAAAGAAUAAGUGAUCAAAUACAUGCCGAGUUGAACCCAGACCCUCCGGCUAACGAGUGGAGCUCUGUGAGCAAAUCAGACUUCAGGGUAGAGGGUUUCAAGUCAGUCCAAGCACUACUGACCAAGGAUCAUAAUUACACAACAGAUCAGGCCAUCACAUUUUGGAGUGAGAAUUAUCAGAAGAUUCAGGGUAUGACAGCAAUCAAAACUAAGGAUAGUCCAUUUAAAAGAAAUGCCACCUUUAGCACACCAAUAACUGAACGAAUGGAUUGCCAGGACGACGCCAUGCUGAACCCUUCUGCAAAUGAUAGUCAUUUGUAAAUAUACUGUAAAAGAAUGUUUUAGUGUGUUAUGCAGAAUGUUGUAGGAUUUUGAUCUAUUCGCAAAUUAAUAAAUAUUAAUUUGUAACCAAA